GCUGGAGCUAAACAGACAAAACAUAUUUAUCGAGCUCAAAUUGUUUAUUUGGAUUAAAUCGCAAAAUGCUUAAAAAUAUGUGCAGGGUCUGCGGUAGAUAUGCAGCCAACAAGAGAUCUUUACGAAUCUUUGAAAAUCGGAGUAUUCUUUGGAAGCUUCAAGUUCUUACGGGCAUUUUAUUGGAAAAUGCGGAAUUUUUGCCGGACCUUAUAUGUAUUUGCUGUCAAACAGAAUUGCGAGAAGCGAUUCGAUUUCGGGAAAGGGUUAUCGGAGCACAGCACGAGCUUCUGGAAGGACUAACGGAGGAGCAACUAAGGGAGAUACCCUUGGAAUAUAGAGAAGCUAUAAUGGAGUUUGCUGACAACAUCAGCCAAAAAGCAACAAACACAAGUAAUUCUGAAACCGAUUCAGAAUGCAAAACUAAAAAUGCACCAGAGGAACACGUAAACUUAAUCAUUGAAACACAGUCGAAAGAAGUGGAAAUAUUUGAAGGUGAAAUUAAUAAACAGGAAGAACUUUUGGAGUACGCCAUCAUCAUUGAUGACGAUUUAAUUAAAGAAGAGAGAGAAGCACAAGAUGGCCAAAAUAUUGAAGUAGUACAGGAUCCUAAUGAUAAGCAUCAAUUCACAGCUGUUGACGAAGCCGGUGAAAAUGUGACAACUGUGGAUUAUACGAGUGUUCUACCAGAUAAGGAAUCGGAUGAGGAAUGUGCGAUGUUAGAUAGAGUAUUAAACGACGAGAUAGCGGUGGCACAAAGUGCAAUCAAAAAGAAACCAGGACGAAAACGUCACGGAAGUCUCAUAUUUGUGUGUGACGAAUGUGGCAACCAUAUAUCAGGACGCAUGGCUUUUGAUUUACACUGCAGGCGACAUCGUGGUGACAAGCAGUUCGAAUGCGAUAUUUGUCGGGAUCGCUUCUGUACUAGCUCCGAGUUGAAACGCCAUAUGCGCAGACACACUGGCGAACGUCCUUUUGCCUGCCAGUAUUGUGAGCGCAGCUUUACGGACUACAGCACGCGGGUAAAGCACGAGAGGACACACACUAAUGAACGACCCUAUGUAUGCCAAAGCUGUGGAAAGGCCUUUACCACCGCCUAUAUACUUAAGAAUCACAUGCUCAUACAUUCCGGCGAACGUGCCUUCAGUUGUGAAUUGUGUAAUAAAUCCUUCAUCCGUCAAACGCAUCUUGUAACGCAUUGCCGAUCCAGCGCGCACAAACGCAAUAUGGAACGUGAAAACAAGGAAUUUACAAGUUGAUUUAUUUUGGAAGCUCUUAUACGCUGAAUAUACAGUAUUCUAAUUAAACAUGACCUUCCUUCUGGUA